AUGUCGUUCAAGAAAUUGAAGGAGAGUAUAACUGAAAAAAAACUAUCUCCAGAAGAGCAGCUGAUCAAGAUCGAAGAAACCAGAAAGAUAAUUGGUCCAAUUGCCGACAAGUUCCCGACUAUAUGCUCGGAUGCAUCAGUGCUAAGGUUUCUUAAAGCACGAAACUAUAAUACUAUAAAGGCUGCAAGGAUGUUGAGAGGCACCAUAAAAUGGAGGCUGGAGUUCAAGCCUGAGAAGAUUCGAUGGGAGGAUGUAGCUAAAGAAGCUUUAACGGGAAGGCUAUAUAGGGCUGACUACUUGGACAGACAAGGAAGGGUUGUUUUUGUCAUUAAAGCUGGAUUUCAGACUACAAGUUUGGCAACGGUACAGAUCAAGUACCUCGUUUACUGUUUGGAGAAUGCCAUAUAUAAUUCACAUUCCACACAAGAAAAGAUGGUUUGGCUUAUUGAUUUUCAAGGGUGGAGCACAUCGUGUAUAUCAGUCAAGGUCACCCGAGAUACUGCUCAAGUCCUGCAGCAUCAUUACCCAGAAAGGUUGGGCCUUGCAGUCUUGUACAAUCCACCAAAAUUGUUCGAGUCAUUUUGGACGAUGGUGAAACCGUUUCUUGAACCCAAGACUUACAAAAAGGCGAUAUUUGCUUACCCUGGCAACCCAAAGAGCCGAGUGAUGAUGGAAGAACUCUUUGACAUGGACAAGCUAGAAUCCUGUUUUGGUGGAAAUAAUAAAGCAGGAAUGAACUUGGAAGCUUAUGGUCAAAAAAUGAGAGAAGAUGAUAAAAGGAUGUCUGGUUUAAUUGAUUCUGGCUGUUCAACCCCUAGUUUUUUUAGCGCAGAUGCUAAUGAAACAUUGCAUUCAAGUAAUGGUUCUGAGGAUGGAUCAUCUUAUAGAGAAGCAGUUAAUUCAAACUUUGAGGAAGACGAUGAUCUUAUGCACCAGUCACCUUGCUCCGAAUAUGAAACCAAAAAUGAGAUUGGUCCUGACAAAAUCGAGUGA